AUGAAGUCUCUGUCGGUCCAGGGCACUGUCAAGUUUGGAGGAGGGCACAUCAAUGUGUGGGGAGCGAUUUCGCGUUACGGCAUCUCCUUCUUCUCCGAGCUCGGCGACCGCAUGAACGGCGACGUCUACCUCUCCGUUCUGAAUGAGGAGUUGAAAGACAGUCUGGCCGCUUGGGGAAACGACCCAAACCUGAUUUUCAUGCAGGACAACGCGCCCUGUCACAAGCGGAAGGACGUGAUGAAAUGGUUCAAAAACCAGAACCUCACCCUCUUGGAGUGGCCUGCGAACUCCCCCGACCUCAACCCCAUCGAGCAUGCGUGGAACAUGGUCAAGAACGCUGUGUACAAGCAGCGAGAGAUCACAAACCAAGAUAUGCUCUGGGAGCGCUUCCAAGAGGUCUACCACAAGGUCCUCACCGUCGAGGUCUGCACCUCGCUCAUUUCAUCCAUGCCGCGCCGCAUCAAAGCAGUUUUGGAUGCCCAUGGUGGUUAUACCAAGUAUUGA